GGAACAUGUGUAGUGACUUGCGGAAUCUACAAUGGAGUCACAAAACUUGUUGGCGAAGUUGUGUAUCAAUACAACGAAUCUCGAAACCGCAAGCAUGGAUGUCCAGCUAUUGGUGUCACCAACAUGGGCCGUUUUAGGAAUACAGACUCACUGAAGGGUGAUGACUUCAUGAUCAGUGAAUACCAAAUACCAAGUACACGCGAUGCUCUAGAAGAAACUCCGAAAACGGACGUUUACUUGGAUCCACAUCAUAACAUGUUCGUCUUUGCGGGAGACUCUACGCUGAACAUAUUCGGUGGAGAAAUUGAGUUUCGGGCCCAAGUAGAAAAACGCAUCUCGUCCGAAAUUAUCAGAUUAAGGAGUGAAGACGUAGCAAUACAUGACGAGUCGGUCGUGGAAAUUCCAAUCGUUAAUCUCGUACUCAACGGAGACCUCGACACGUUGAAGACUCUUACGCGUGCAAUUGACAACGGCACGCCUUCAGUGCUUAUAAAAGGAUCAAAAGGUGUGACAGAUUGUUUAUCAUAUGCGGUCGAAAACACUUCUGAAACCAAUAACCGACAUCAACAUGUUAGUAUGGACAGCAAUAACGAGGUCAUAAAGGGCAUGCUAGAGAACACUGAAAUACCAUUCGACACAUUCACAACAUUUCAACAAAAAUGCCUGCAACAGCCACAUCUUCUGUCGGUCGUCAAUCUCUGCAACGUGGUUGGCAAGCUUGAAGAGGCAAUAUUGGAUAUUUUAAAGACACUUGUGUUAACAGAUGGUUUUCACUUCACUGUAAGUUUAACGUCCAUAGUAUCGUAUACAAUAUAGAUGAUAAAUAUCGAUGUUUCAAGUGAUAAUACCAUAUGUAUACUUUGCUGAUAGUAUUUGUGUUAAUUAUGCAAUUUUACAUUGAAGAUUUUUGAAAACAAACAUAGUAUUCUUGGUGUGGUCUCUGUUGUAAGCUUUUGUGUUAAAAUUUCGAUUAAGCAGAUGAUUUGUUGUGAUCUCACAGUGCAGACAGUGUUUGAUUAAUUUCAUCAAUGCUAGCAAACGAGAGUUGUCACCGAUGGCGUCACCGAUAUGUCACGCCAUUAAUCAAUUUCUAGUUAUGAACUGCAAUUGUUCUUACGGGGAUCUAAAUGUUCAUACAUAUAAAUAAAACACUUAGAUGACGAAUAAGCAACUUAAAUACAAGAUAUAAUAUAAAAACAAGAAAUGUGUUUGUCAGAAACACUAUGUCCCCUUCUCCGCCGCUUUGAAGCUAUAUAUUCGACCUUUGACCUUAAAGGAUGACCUCGAACUUGACCUUUUAGCACUCAAAAUGUGCAGCUCUAUGAGAUACACAUGCAUGCCAAAUAUCAAGUUGCAAAUAUUUAAUAUUGCACAAGUUAUGGCAAAUGUUAAAGUAUGACGCAAACACACAAACCCACAAACAAACAAACAAACCAACAGACAGGUCAAAAAAAUAUGUCUCCCACUAUACUAGUGGGGACAUAAAAGCUAAGACAUCCAGCCAGCGCGUCAAAAGUAUGAUUUGCAUAGAAAACAAGCAUACACAUGUGAGGGGACAUUGCGUUGAUUUGAUUAUGAAUGUUUGUCAUUUCAAUUUGAAAUUAACAAUAAACUGUAAAAAAUAAAAAAUUCUAAGUAAGUCUACA